AUGUUAAUAACCAAUAGCAUAGCAGCGGAUUUGGUCGUACUGGCCGUUACAUUGGUAGCAGUACUGGCAACAUGGCACUUGUGGGCCUUGUACUAUUGGCAAAGGAAAGGCGUCCCGACGCCCCCCACCUAUCCGCUUCUCGGUACUUUCAAGGACUUCAUCGUAGGCGACAAAUCCUUGGGCCAGGUCGUGCAGGAGGCUUAUUUGGACUAUAAGAAACAAGGCAAACGCUACUUCGGCGUGUCGUUCGCCGGCCAGCCGCAAUUCGUCCCCGUCGAUUUGGCGCUGAUCAAGGCCGUCUACGUGGCGGAUUUUCCGCAUUUCCACAGCCACGGGACCUACAGCGACGCCGCCAACGAUCCCCUAUCGGUGCACAUCUUCAACGUGGACGGCCCGAAAUGGCGCGACGUCAGAUCGAAGCUGUCGCCCACCUUCACGUCGGGCAAGAUGAAGACGAUGCACGAGACGCUGUUGAAGUGCUCCGAGGGGCUCACCGGGGCGCUGGAGAGGCUCGACGAUCCGAUCGAGAUCAAGGAGAUCAUGGCCAGGUUUACCACCGACGUCAUCGGUUCUUGCGCCUUCGGCUUGGACAUCAACAGCCUGGAGAACCCGGACGCUGAGUUCCGACGAUUCGGCGCCAAGAUAUUCGAGAAGUCCUUCAGGAACAUCGCCAAUUUCUUCCUCGGCAUCGCCGUGCCCCACUCGAUCCUAUCGUUCUGCGGCUACAGCGUGACGCGUCGCGACGUCCAGCGGUUCUUCUACGGCUCCUUGGCCAGCACGGUGGCGUACCGCGAGACCAACGCCGUCGUACGCAAGGACUUCCUGGACUUCCUGGUGCGCUUGAAGAACCACGAGGACGCCCAGGAGAGGAUGUCGAUGGACGAGAUCGCCGCCCAAUGUUUCAUGUUCUUCGUGGCCGGCUUCGAGACGUCGGCCACCACCAUGAAUUUCGCCUGCUUCGAAUUGGCCCGCCACCAGGACGUCCAGGACAAGGCGAGGACGGAGAUUAGGAGGGUGUUGGAGAAGCACGACGGGAAGCUCACCUACGACGCCGUCAUGGAGAUGACCUAUUUGGACAUGAUCAUUCAAGAGUCUUUGAGGAAAUACCCGCCGCUGCCGAUCAACAUACGAAAAUGCACGAAAACGUUCAAGGUGCCCGGCGAAUCGUUGGAAAUCAAAGAGGGCACGUUCGUGAUGAUACCGGUGUGGGGCAUCCACUACGAUCCGGAGUACUAUCCGGACCCGGAGGUCUUCGAUCCGGAGCGAUUCAGCGACGAGAACAAACGAUCGAGACCGGCCUUCAGCCAUCUGCCCUUCGGCGAAGGGCCGAGGAUCUGCAUAGGUAUGCGGUUCGGUAUGCACCAGACGAAGAUCGGUUUGAUAACGUUGUUGAACAACUACCGGAUCAAAUUGAAUUCGAAGACGAUCACUCCGUUGAAAUACGAUAAGAUUUUGUUCACUUCGAACAUCGGAGGAAUUUGGUUGGAUUUGGAGAAGGUUUGA